CGUCCUCUGGACGUCCCAAAUGCCGGUGCAGAAAGCACCCAAGAAAUGUACUGUGAUAAACAUCAGCCAUUUCCUGAUUUUCUCUAGUUUAACUCAUGUUUAAAAACUGUUUGUCCCCAAGUGUGAUAAAACAAUAGAUAGUUCAGCUCCUAACUCCAGCUUACCUUCUGCAGUGCUGUUCUGACACUUUAUCCUUAUCUGAUAUGUCAUCAACACAGGAUUGCUUGUGGCACUCCAAUGUAAACCACAUAGGAAUGAGGCAAUUUUAUAUAGUCAGCAGAUUAUUAAUUUUCUGCAAAAUUUGCUCAAUGCAGUUCUAAGAACAUUGCCUUGGACAGUCUGUGUCGCGGGAAGAGAGGCAUUUUAGAUAAAUGAAGCACCGAGGGCCCCUCUGGGGUUCUGCAGCUCUGUAAAACUGGUGGAAUGUUGCCCUCAUAACUUCCCUUUGGUCAGAGAGGUGGUUCCCUGCAGAUGUGUGUUGGAGUUUCUAUAAAAGAGAUACAUUCCUCCACUUGUAUUUCAUUUAUGAGAGGGAGAGCAAGGCGCCUGCGAAGGAGAGGACGGGCAAAGAAAAUGUCACAUACUGUUUGCUUGCUGAUAUUUCUGCUGUCUCUAGGAUUUACUUUCCAGAUUGCAAAGGGCAUUUUUAUGGACAAACUUGCCAGCAAGAAGCUGUGUGCUGAUGAGGAGUGUUUAUAUGCCAUUUCCUUGACAAGAGCAGAAGAUGACUACAACGCACCAGAUUGCAGAUUUAUUAAUAUUAAAAAGGGGCAAUUGGUCUAUGUUUACGCCAAGCUUGUGCCAGAAAGAGGCGCUGGAGAAUUCUGGGCUGGAAGUGUUUACGGUGAACAUUACGAAGACCAGAUGGGCACUGUUGGUUAUUUCCCCAGGAAUUUAGUCACAGAGCAGCAUGUCUAUCAGGAAGCAAACAAGACAGUUGCCACAAAGGACAUUGAUUUCUUUUGUGAAUAGAAGCAUGUAAUGUGGCCCAUCGACAUAACUGAUACAAAAGAAGUUUUGCGCAAAAGAGGAACAUCUUUUUCUGUUGUAGGGAAAUACAGAAAGCUUGUCUUUUCUAAAUACCUUCUUUAAAACAAAUUAAAGGAAAACAGUUUAAUAUGGAAUAGUUGUAUGCACUUUUAUUCAUAUUGUUGUAUUUUAUAUUAAUCAUUGUUUAAACUGCUGUUGCCUUUUCAAUUGCUCUGUUAUCUUGUUUUAAAGUAAUAAAGAAAAGUCCAUAUUUCAGGUA